AGCGGAUUGGGCGUCCCCCCCGCCGGCCGGCGCAGUUGGUGCAGUCCGGGAAGAUGGCAGAUGGAUACAUUGUGACAGUCUGAUCUUCUAGACUAGGAUACCAGUAAUGCCGUUCCCACCUGAACACAUGAUAAUCGGAUGACUUUCAAAGCACUUUUAAGAUGAACAUUCGCCGUAGCAGAUGCCUAGAGGAAGAGGUGACCUUCUAAGCAGCAAGAUGAGUGAAUGGCAAAAGAUUUUUGUGCAAAAUCUGACUGUUCCUCCACACUCCCAAAGGAAACGACAUCUCCCGAGGGAAUCAAUAGCAUUUCAGUGUGUCCUGAAGUAUGUUGAGGGGAAUUUAAUUAAGCAGAGAGUGCUAGAAGGCUUGUCAGAGGUUGAAUACCAGCUCCGCCUGUCCCUCUUUGACAUCACGUAUCGUCAUUUCUUUGGGAGAACAUGGAAAAGUACCACAAGACCUCUCAAAGCCGUGCCAGGACAGCCACCCAAAGUGGUUUUCAAUGAGACCAUUUAUUUUCACACAUCUUUAAACCAUCCCAGCAUCGUCGCCGUGGUGGAAGUGGUGGCUGCAGCCAAGAAGCGAGAGGGGACCCACCAGGAUCUGUCUUGUGGGUUUGGAAUUCUGCACCUGUUCAACAGCAAGUCAGAGCCAACAGAUGUGGCCACCAAGGACAGAGGGCUCCAGCUGUAUCAUGGGACACCGCGAGCGCUCCUGCACCCCCUCCUGCAGGACCCGAUAGAACAGAAUAAAUACAUGAUGGUGAUAGAGAACACUCACCUUCAGUACACCUUAAGGCCACACCCGCCCCUCGAGACCAUGUAUCACCUCUUCCCUGAGAAUAUGCUGGUGUCUGGGCUGCAGAAAAUUCCUGGCUUGCUGCUAACACAUGGAGAAACAAAUGAUUUCUUUCGAAAACCCCACCUCAUGAAAUCAGUCACGUGGUACUUGGACAAACUGUCCAUUAAUUUGUACCCUUCAUUAGAAAAAUUUGAGGAAGAGCUGCUGGAUUUACUCAACAGUGAGCGUUUACUUAAGGAUAGCUCCACGGUGGAUGGGAGCGAAGUUCUCAUUCAGGAACGACGGCUGCACAUCGGGGUCCACAAUGGCUUAUGCUUCGUUCAGAUGCCUCAGGUGGUGGUGUUGGUGCCAGAGGCCGAGGUGGCUCGGGGGCGCUCGGCCAGCUUCCACAGGAAACAAGGCCUCAGCGCCAAACCAAGCAUGGUAGGUCAAGCUCUGGUUUUGAGAAGCCGCAUUCGUUUGACCGAGAUGGUCCGUCACCCAGCAUUCGCAAUUGUCUUCCAGCUGGAGUAUGUCUUCUCUGCACCAAGUGGAGCUGACAGGAAGGCAUUGUCCAUUUCCUCUUUGACUCAAGCAGCCUAUAUGCAUUCCAUCCGAUGGACUGUUUGGAAUCCUUUGCUGGACUCGAGUUCCACGGAAGUGAUCUUACCACUUCAAGGAGGCGCCCAGCAGAACCCCAGCCAUGUGUUAGUUUACAAGAUGCCGCCCACCAGUAUGAGCUCCGAAGAGGUGAAGCAGGUUGAGUCUGGCACGGUCCAGUUCCAGUUUUCCACCAAUUCAGAGGAACAUCUCAGGACUUCUGCAAAUUCCUUAAGUAACACCAGAGCAGAGCUCCUCCACUCAGCGAAGCUGUCCACACCAUCGCUGAGUGCACCAUCUUCACCCCAGAUGUUGGUUUCCACUCAAGACUAUCCUCAAGGACCUGGGUUGUCGAUAUCCCAGUUGUCUGCAUCACCCCGUUCUCCUGUAAGCCACUCGUCCAAACGGCAAACCGGCUCUCCAGUCCCCCGCUCCCCUGGGAUGCACCGGCGUGAACGUGCAGAGCUCCCACAUGGAGGCAGCAGCGGUGGCAUAACGCACUUGGAGGCUGACCUCAACCCCAGCUCCUUGAUCCUGGAUUCCUCUGCAAGCGACCAGCUGCAGGAGCUGCCGUUCACGCCCGUGCACGCGCCUAUUGUUGCCAUGGGAACACAGACUGGAAGCUCUAGCUCUGUCCUCACUCGGGCCUCUCUGUCUCGCUUGCAUGCCGCUGGCUUUCCAGAAAUCCUGGAUUGUAACAAGGAGCCAGCAGAAGUUGUGGACCCUGCAGACCCUGUGAACUUCAACCCUCAAAGGGAAGAAGCUGACUUCUUGCAAAGCAAUGAAAUCAUUUUGCAGUUCCUUGCCUUCACCAGGAUUCCACAGGAUGGCAUGGGGACAACGUGGCCAAAGACUAUGUAUUUCACCUUCCAGUUUUACCGUUUCCCACCGGUCACAACACCACGAUUGCAGCUGGUGAAGAUGGACCAGUCUGGGACAGCCAGUUCAGCUGCUUCUUCCCAAAUCUUAUUCCAGAUCAACAAAGAUGGAACCCUUAGGAGUGAAUCUCCAGGGUUGCAGCUAAAGUAUAUGGUGGAUCCUGGUUUUCUGAAGCCAGGAGAACAACGCUGGUUUAUACGUUAUAUAGCUGACCAUAACCUACAGAUUGAUAUUUGGGAUGGAGAUUCUUUGCUCCUCAUUGGAUCUGCUGCAGUUAAGCUGAAGCACUUGCUUCGCCAGGGUCGGACAGCAGUUCAGGUCCAUCAUGAGCUGGAGGUGAUGACAACUGAAUACGAGCAGGACACAACAGUGAUGAGUGGGGACGUUCUCAGACAUGGCACUGUGAAGCCCAUAGGAGUCUACGCUGUUGUGAAAGGCCGACUUCACCUGAGUUUGGCCAAUGUUGGUCACCUGUGUGAGCAGAGGCUGAAGAAAUCAAACUCCUUGCCACCUUCCCGCUCUCGCAUUGUCUCCUCGCAUGAUGGGACCAGCAACUUCCACGGAGGCAGCUUGUUCUCCCUCCAUACGCCUGGGGCUAAGAACGUGUCCCAAGCCCAGAAGCUGGCGGACGUGGACAGCGAGCUGGCUGCCAUGCUGUUCAGCCGCCUGCAGGAAGUGAGCACGGCCUUCCAGCACGCCAGCCGCGAGGCCAGCGUCAUCCGCAGGCGGAAGCUGGAGAGGAUGAUGAUGGUGCGACAGCUCGAAGCCCAGGAGGACGUCAAUGGGAGGAGAGCAAGCCGCAUGGGCCGGCGUGAGGAGCGCAUCCAGCACGCCAGGGACCUGCAGAUUAUUGAUGCCUACCGGGAGCGCAUCAAGGCCGAGAGCAUCUCUAGCAUGCUGAUUCAGGCCAUCACCACCAACUACACGCUCUAUGCCACGCUGGGCACAGCAGAGUUCUUUGAGUUUGCCCUGAGAAACCCAUACAACGUCCAGCACACGGUGACGAUCGAGAUCGACCACCCUGAGCUGAGUGUUAUUGUGGACAGUAGGGAGUGGAGACACUUCAAAGAGCUGACCCAAACAAUGACUACUCCAGUAGAAGAGGACAUGUUCCAUCUUCAGGACAACCUCAUGCCUCAGGUCUACCUGCGCCCCAAAGAGACCAUUCACAUUCCAUUUAAAUACCAGGCCUUCUCUGUGGACCACGCUGUCAUGAUGCAGCAGGGCCCUGCUGAGCUGAGAUUCAAUAAAGGCACAGAAGCUGCACCCCCCUGGAAGUCCAGUGCCAUGCUGACAAAACGCAUCAAGAUCUCCUUUAAGGCAAAUGGUGACAAACCCAUUGCAAUUCUCAGUGUUAAUGUGGAGCCUCAGCCCCACGUGGUGGAUCAGACAUUCCGAUUCUAUCACCCGGAGCUCACCUUCCUGAAGAAGUCCAUACGGUUACCUCCAUGGUACACCCUGCCAGGUGCCCCAGCAGGAAUGCCAGGUGGGGAACCGGAGAUGUACGUCCGCUGCAGUGACCCCAACAUCAUUUGCGAAACAAAAAAAAUGGGUCCUGGGGAGCCACAGGAUGUGUUCUUAAAAGUAGCUGGAGGACCAAGCCCACAGAUCAAAACAUUCUUUGUUGCUAUUUACACGGACACCUGGCUUGCUGCUCCCAUUCAGAUCUGGCAAUUUUACCUUCACUCGCUGCAACGUGUGGACGUUAGCUGCAUAACUGGCCAGCUGACCCGCCUUUCCUUGGUUCUCAGGGGCACCCAAACCAUCCGGAAAGUGAGAGCUUACACCUCGCAUACCCAGGAGCUGAAGGUGGAUCCCAAAGGCGUGUUUAUUCUCCCUCCGAACGGGGUGCAGGACCUGCAUAUCGGCGUGAGGCCUCAGAAAGCUGGCAGCAGAUUUGUUUACCUCAAUCUGGUGGAUGUGGAGUACCACCAGCUUGUUUCGUCCUGGCUGGUGUGUGUCUCCUGCCGACAGCCUGUCAUUUCCAAGGCAUUUGAAAUAACACUCCCUGCCGGCGGAGGGAAAGGCUCCAACAAGCGGAUCACAUACACGAACCCAUAUCCCUCCAGGAGGAUGUACUUCCUGCAUACCAACCGAGCUGACCUGCUGCAGUUCAAGGAGGAUUCCUUUGAGAUUGGAGGAGGGGAGAUGUACACGAUUGGCUUGCGGUUUGCACCAAGCCAGAGCACCGGGGAGGAGGAGAUUCUGAUUUAUAUCAAUGACCACGAAGACAAGAAUGAAGAAACCUUCUGUGUGAAGGUUGCCUAUCAAUAAAGAGGAGGCUUUGCCUGAGGGUCAGUAGAAUGACGUGUUCCUGGAGCAUCUGUCGAAGCUUUCAUCUUACUCCACCUACCAAGAGACAGAGUCCUGUUGUUAUCAGCUUUAGAGACUUUUCCCUCCAUAGAUUUUCUGUUUCUGAAUUUCCUCGACCACGUUUGUUUGAAGACAGAAAACCGAUUGAGCUGCUCUGUGAACCUAGCCCACAUGCUGUCAGGAUGUGUUUCCUUCCUCUUUGCAGUUUGCCUCUAUCUAAUCAAGCCAUGGCCAAGUCACUAUGAUUUAUUGUCCGACUGAAUUCUUGGCACACUAACAUGACCUCCAAUGAUGUAACAGCCAUAUUUGUUCUACUUAAAAUGGUAAAUUAAUCCCUAUAUAUUUAUACCAUAUGCCACGGUCCAGACGAUUGUCACUAUUUCUGUUAUUCUUUGCUGGCCGUGAGCUUGUUUGGAUUUUUAUUUUUUUAAUUCUUUUUUUAACAGAUUUUUAAAAGCUG